AUGGCGUUGAGAAAGGGCAAGAACGCAGCGAAGGGAGCGAAGAAAAGAGAUGGACUGGACUAUGACCUGGGAGAAGACGUGACCCACGCAACUGCAGAGAAGUGUCUUGACCAACAGGAGGUGCUGUCUGAGGCUGAGCUGAAGGAGGAGAUCACCAGGGUCCUUACGGCCAACAACCCUCACGCCCCAGACAACAUAAUCAGAUACAGCUACAAGGAGCACGCCUUCAAACUGGUCUCUGUGGAUCACCUCGCUGUUCACUUUGUCCUGGACGGAGGUCUGCUGCACCAGGACUCCGACGAGGCCAGGAGACUGAGAGCCAAGCAGGGACAGGCCGCAAUGGAGACGGUGGAGAUGGAGACGGAAACCCACGAGUCAUUACAAACUCCGGUGUCUCAGGCUGAGGACGGGGAUGAUCCCACGGACGAGGACAGACCAGACAGCGCCACCUCCAGGCCGGACAAGAAAGAACCCAAACUCACUAACCAGUUCAACUUCAGCGAGAGGGCGUCGCAGAGCCUCAACAACCCGCUGAAGGAGAGAGGCACUCAGACCGAGCCUCCUCCUCGCAUUAACUUCUCCGACACCACCAACCAGUGGGUGAUCUAUGAUGCGUACGUGAAAGAUCUGCAGAAACAAGACCGCAACAAACUGAAAUCGGCAAAGGAGGACGACCGAGCGACCGCCAAGCUAAGCACUGAGACUAGCAUGGACGGAGUGAACUGUACCUUGAAGAUCCUGGAGCGGAUGGUGAACCAAAACAUGUUCGACCCGGUUCUCCAGGAUUUCAAAUACUACGAAGACACCGCGGAUGAGACUCGCCAUGUGGGGACUCUGCUGCCGCUCUGGAAGUUUCAGUUCGAGAAGUCCAAGAAACUGAGUGUGACCGCCCUCUGCUGGAACCAGAAGUACCCCGACAUGUUCGCGGUGGGACUGGGAUCGUACAACUUUGCCCGUCAGUCCCGUGGUCUGCUCUUGUUCUACUCUCUGAAGAACCCCUCGUACCCAGAAUUCUUCUUCCACACAUGGUCAGGGGUGCUGUGUGUGGACAUCCAUGAGGAGCGCCCUCACCUGGCGGCAGUAGGACUGUACGACGGCUCAGUGUGCGUGUUCAACCUGAAGGAGGUGAGCAGAGACCCACAAUACAGAAGCAACGCCAAGACCGGCAAGCACACAGACCCGGUGUGGCAGGUCCGCUGGCAGCACGACGACAUGGACAACAACCAUAACUUCUUCUCGGUCUCCUCUGACGGACGCGUGGUCUGCUGGACUCUGGUGAAGAACGAGCUGCUGCACACCGACAUAAUCCGCCUCAGCGUCAGCGAGGAGGGCUCUGUCAACGCCUCGCUCACCUCCUUCGACUUCCACAAAACCAUCGACUUCCUGUUCCUGGUGGGCAGCGAGACGGGGAAGAUCUACAAGUGCUCCAAGUCGUACUCCGGACACUUCCUGCACACGUACGACGCUCACUUCUUGACGGUGGAUUCUGUGAAGUGGAACACGUUUCAUCCCAACGUCUUCAUGUCGUGCAGCUCAGAUUGGACCGUGAAGAUCUGGGACCACACCCUGAGCGCCGCCAUGUUUAUGUUUGACUUGCGCUCCGCCGUGGGGGACGUGUCCUGGGCGCCGUACUCCUCCACCACCUUCUCGGCCGUGACCACAGACGGCGUGGCCCACAUCUUCGACCUGUCGCUGGACAAACACCACCCCCUGUGCCAGCAGCAGCUGACCCACCGCCGCCUCACCCACGUCCAGUUCAACCCUGUCCAUCCUGUGCUCAUCAUCGGAGACGACAAAGGACAAGUCUCCAGCUUCAAACUGUCUCCAAACCUCCGCAAACAGCCCAAGGUCAAGAAGCACCAGGAGCAGCCCAAAGGCCCCGAGGCCGAGGUGGCAAAGAUGGAGCGACUGCUGAGUCUGCUGAGGGAGCCGGACCCAGAGCAGGACGCCAAAACACCGGCUAAUGCGCAAGCUAACACCGGCUAA